AUGGGCAGUGGCUAUUACAACAUAGUGGCUGCCGUGUUGUUGGUCAUGAAUUUUGAGAGGACAAGAUCAAUGCAGGAUUCCUGUAGUAAAUGCCCAGCUGGUACUUUCUGUGGGAAAAACAAGGGUCAGAUCUGCCUUCCUUGUCCUCCAAACAGUUUCUCCAGCACCAGUGGACAAACGGCCUGUGACAUAUGCAGGCAGUGUGAAGGUGUUUUCAGGACCAAGAAGGUGUGUUCCCCCAUCAGCAAUGCAGAGUGUGAGUGCAUCUCAGGAUUCCACUGCUUGGGGGCAGGAUGCACCAUGUGUGAACUGGAUUGUAAACAAGGUCAAGAAUUAACCAAAGAGGGUUGUAAAGACUGUCGCUUUGGGACAUUUAAUGAUCAGAAACAUGGCUCCUGUCAACCCUGGACAAACUGUUCUUUGGGUGGCAAGUCUGUACUUGUGAAUGGGACAAAGGAAAGUGACGCAGUAUGUGGACCAGCUUCAGCUGACUUCUCUCCAGGUACAGCCUCUGCCCCCACGCCUGCCCCUGCAAGAGAUCCAGGUCACACCCCCCAGAUCAUCAUCUUUCUUGCACUGACUUCGGCUGCCGUGCUGUUCCUGGUGUUCUUUCUCGUGCUCUGUUUCUCUGUUCUUAAACAUGGCAGAAAGAAACUCCUGUAUUUAUUCAAACAACCAUUUAUGAGACCAGUACAAACUGCUCAAGAGGAAGAUGCCUGUAGUUGCCGAUUUCCAGAAGAAGAAGAAGGAGAAUGUGAGCUGUAAAGCAGAAACCCAAAAUUCCACUGGGACUGUCUUGAGAAGAAUCACAGGAGAAACAUGAAUGAUCCCACCAUCAUAUCUUUUUAAAUUGAAGACACUGGUCCUAGAUAAGACUCAGGAUUACCCCCA